AUGGAUACAGUGGAUUUUUUUGUCUUAUUUGAUGGUCAAUUUCACAUGUUCAAACAAGUUGAACAAUUACAUUUGUAUUCCUCAUUCUUAAAUGUCCCUGAAGUAGACAGUUUUAUUUAUUCAGAAAAGUAUCAAUUUAAUUAUACAAAACCGGUAGCAACAUCUUUUAUCACGGUUCUCAAUGAUGCGUUGAAAUGCUUGGCAGAAUAUACUAGCAAUAUACCUUCAACAAUUCUUGAUACGUUGCAAUUUAUUUUUGAUAUGGAUUGUCGCGAAUUUGAUCUAAAGGACAAUCCUAAGACUUUAUCACAGAAUGAGGGUCAUGCUUCUAAAUAUUGGCCGAUCGCAGUGUUUCUAUUGGCUUUUUUUUAUACUUUUUACUAUUUGGAAAAAACCUAUACACAAGACGGAUAUAAUCCUUUGACUAAUGACCAAAUAGAUAGGUUUGAGGCAUAUCUUAAACAAUUAAGUGAAAAUUUGAAUGAAAUCUACGAAAUUUUGGAGAAAAAACAAACAGAAGACUUUAUUGAAAUAAAUGGUUUAUUAGAAACCCAAUUAGAAGAAUUAAAUAAUAAAAAUGAUAGAGAAACGUUUAAAGCCGUUGGAUAUGCAAUAGGCACUUUAUCUUCCAUUAUUGCAACAUUUAAUUCAGUUAGUUGGAAGAAAAUUGCUGGUGUUAUUUCUGGUGGAAUAUUUGGUGAAAAGACGUUAAAUAAAAUUACCAAUAUACAAAGUUAUUGGUGA